AUGGCCCAGCAGAGGGGAAGCGCAGCUCAGUGUCCAAGUUACACAGAGCCACAGAAUCUCACAGGUGUCUCAGAAUUCCUCCUCCUGGGACUCUCAGAGGAUCCAGAACUGCAGCCCAUCUUCACUGCGCUGUUCCUGUCUAUGUACCUGAUCACGGUGCUGGGGAACCUGCUCAUCAUCCUGGCCAUCGGCUCUAACUCCCACCUCCACACCCCCAUGUACUUCUUCCUCUCCAACCUGUCCUUGGCUGACGUCGGUUUCACCUCCACUACGGUCCCCAAGAUGAUUGUGGACAUCCAAUCUCAUAGCACAGUCAUCUCCUAUGCGGGCUGCCUGACUCAGAUGUCUUCCUUUGUCCUUUUUGCAUGUAUGGAAGACAUGCUCCUCACUGUGAUGGCCUAUGACCGGUUUGUAGCCAUCUGUCACCCCCUACUCUACCCAGUCAUCAUGACUCCUCACCUCUGUGUCUUCCUAGUUUUGGCGUCUUUUUUCCUUAGCCUGUUGCAUUCCCAGCUGCAUAACUUGAUUGUGUUACAAUUCACCUGCUUCAAGAAUGUGGAAAUCCCUAAUUUUUUCUGUGACCCAUCUCAACUUCUCAACCUUGCCUGCUCUGACAGCGUCAUCAAUAACAUAUUCGUAUAUUUAGAUAGUACUAUAUUUGGUUUUCUUCCCACUUCAGGGAUCCUUUUGUCUUACUAUAAAAUUCUCUCCUCCAUUCUAAGAAUUCCAUCAUCAGAUGGGAGGUAUAAAGCCUUCUCCACCUGUGGCUCUCACCUGACAGUUGUUUGCUUAUUUUAUGGAAUGGGCGUUGGCGUGUACCUGACGUCAGCUGUGUCACCAUCUCCCAGGAAUGCUGUGGUGGCAUCAGUGAUGUAUGCUGUGGUCAUCCCCAUGCUGAACCCCUUCAUCUACAGCCUGAGAAACAGGGACAUUCAAAGUGCCCUGUGGAGGCUGCACAGCAGAACAGUCUAAUCCCAUAGUCUGUUCCAUCCUUUUUCUUAUGUGGGUUAGAAAGGGCAACCACAUUAAACCUCUACAUCUGCAAAUCCUGCCCCCUUGGUCACAGUAUUUUUGUUGC